AUGGCAGAGCUACCGAAGACCAUGAGAGCAUGGCGCUUUGCUCGAAGCGGGAAGCCCAAAGAAGUACUCGAGCUGAAGAUCGACGCCCCUACUCCACCCGCUCCAAAGGCUGGAGAGGUCAUGAUUCGGGUGUCAUAUGUCGCAAUCAACCCUGCAGACUACAAACUGAUGGAUCUCCGGAUACCGUUUAGAUACCCUGCUACCCCUUCAAUCGACUUUGUUGGCGAGGUCGUACGGGCAGGCAAGCUUGCCCCCACUUCUCCCACGAAUGUCCGUGUUGGUAUGACAGUCGCUGGCUCAGUGCCCACGAGGUUGAUAAUCCGCGGUGCCGGUGUGCUGGCUGACUACAUUGUGCUCCCUGCGCAUGCAGUCGUUGAAAACCCCCGUGAUCUUCAAGAAACCGUCGCGGCCGGACUUCUCGGUGUUGCAGGACAGACGAGCGCGAUGGUUCUGGAGAAAGCCAUGUUGCGCGAAGGCGACCGAGUCCUGCUGAAUGGUGCUAGUGGAGGUGUGGGCUGCAUCUUAGUCCAAGUGCUGUGCGGAAUGGGUAUUCGAGUUACCGGUGUCUGUUCCUCAAGAAACGAGGCUCUUGUGCGCAGGCUGGGAGCUGAGGAGGUAAUCGAUUACACUGUCCAUGAGGAUCUCUAUGAUCAUUUGUCUUCCGCAUGUACUUCACCUGGGAAUAGGCCUUUCGACGCCAUUAUCGAUUGUGUGGGCAAUAUGUCCCUCUACUAUAAAUCUCCCGGGUAUCUGAAGACAGAUGGGCAAUUCCUUUGUAUUGAAAGGCCUUUCCUGAAAUCGCUUAAAGUUAGCUGCUGGCCAGUUAUUCUUGGAGGAACAGCAAGAACAUUUAAAGGUGUAAUGAAUGAUCCGUCGGGGAGAUUGGGGGAAAUCGUUGUAGAAUGGUUUGAGAAAGGGUGGAUUAAGGAGAUUCCCGUUGAUUCGGUGUUCAGCAUGGAUGACGUUGUCCAGGCUCUUGAGAGGCAGGCUACCGGAAGAGCCGUGGGGAAAAUAUUCGUGAAGGUCAAAUAA